AUGUCCAGCUCGGCCCUGACUCUCGGGUCCACCCUGGAAGAGUCAGGAGACACCCGGGGAAAGAAGGCAAUGGCCUCCUCCCGCCUUGUUGUUCCGUGGCCACCAGAGACCCUGAGCAUCAGCUUAACCCCCAACAAAUCCUCCCUGUGCCAGGGACUGAGCAGUCGGUGGGGGGCAGCCCCUGCCCUCCCAGGGCUCACAUUCGCAGGGGCCGUACACCAAAGCAAGGCCUGUCGGAGAUAGUUAAAAGCACCCAAUUCUCUUGACAUCAGACUCAAUCUUCUGGAAGAUCCCCCUCCCCUUGACCUCCCCUGAUACAACUGAACAGAGCUCCAGAAAGACACAGUUGGCAGGUUAUUCACCACUUCCCACCUCACUUUUCUUGGUCAGAAAGAUGGGGAUACUGAGAAGACCUGUGCCAUAGGACAGUUCUAGCUGAUCUAUGAGGAUGCCAGUGCAGAGCCCAGUAGCACAAGGCAUAGCCAUUCAGAUCAACUGGCAUUUACUGAGGGCUGCUACGUCAGUUCCUUUUCCACAGAAUACUCCAUGCAUGCUGCCCCGAGGCUCAUACUCAUCGCCCAGGUGGCAGUUUCAGGAAACAUCAUCACUCCAGGUCCCGCUGGAAAGGAAGGCAUUAGCCUCCUGGUCAACCACGAGAGCACACAGUGCCGAGAGCUUACACCAGCCACGUGCUAG